GCGGACUGAAUGUUAGCGGAAAUUUCAAAAUGGCGUCUGCUGUUGGAAAAAGAAGCAAAGGCGGUGGGAAGGAAAGAGGUUCUCCAAAGGUCGCCAGGUCUGUUAACAUCUCUACAGCAAUGGACUCCACUGUGGCUGACCAGGAUGAGAGUUAUGCAGUAGAAAAUGGCAGCCCAGAUUUACCUACCAUCAAUGAAAGACUUGGUCAACUUCGUCCUUCAAGAGAAUUGCUUGAAUAUUACCGAAAAAAGAUUGCCGAAUAUGACGAGGAACACGACUUUAUGGUCAGCAAAUUAGAAGAGUACAAAAUCACCUACGAGGAACAGCAUAAGUUACAAUGGGAGCUCCGACAGAGGGAGGAGGAGAUCGUGGAGCUACAGAAGGCCCUCAGUGAUAUGCAGAUUUACCUGUUCCAGGAAAGGGAACAUGUGCUACGAUUGUACGCGGAGAACGACCGAUUAAAGAUACGAGAGCUAGAAGACAAGAAAAAGAUCCAGCAGCUGCUGAGUCUCAGUGGUACCAUAGAGAGUGAGAUCACCUACUUUCUCAAAGAGCCACCAGCCAAGGCCAUUGUUGAACAAAAAACCAAGAACCGCCCACAAAGUGCUGCAGAGAUCAGGCAAAACAGAGGUCUGAAAAAGAAGCAGCUUCCUUUAUCAGAGAGGAGACAGUCUAUGUCACCAAACCCAGAGGAGAAAUACAAACAUGACAACGAGGUGCUAGCCCUACAAGUCGAGGCUCUACAAGCCCAGCUCCAGGAGCAAACCAAGAUUGCCAAGGAGCAGACGGAGGCCUUGACUGAGGACCGCAAGGUUAAGGAGGAAGAAAUGACCACACGACAGCAGAGAGACGAAGCCAAAAUACAUACUCUUACAGAGAAACUGCAUAAAACACAAGACCUGUUAUACGAGAGCACGAAGGACUUCCUAGAGCUGAGGUACCAGGGCAGGGCCAAUGAGAGACAGUGGAUGGCUGAGAAAGAUUGCCUUCUCAGGGAGAUGGACGGCUUCAAGCAGCAGCUCAAUAUAUCUAAGGAAUCUGUCUUGAAUGUGACAGAUGGCGGCACAUACGAAGGCAGAGCUCAUUACAUAGAAGAAACUAAGGCACUUGAGUACCAGCUGCAACAGUCGCAAAAGCUGGCAGAGAUGUACCGGGAACAGGUGAUACAGUUAGAGGAUGAGUUGUCGCGGAUACGGGAGGAAGGGGACGUAACUAGGGAGGUCUUCAAGGGUCGCAGUGAUAAGAUGACAAAGAGGCUGACGAUGAUGAACCAACGGUACCAGGACCUCGAGCGCAGGAGGAACCUUGAAGUGGAGGGUUUCAAAAAUGACAUCAAAAAUCUGCGAUCCAGGCUGAAGGAUGUAGAAAGGCAACUGUACAAAGUAACAAUGGGCUUCGCCGAGGACAUGGAUAUGAAACGUCCUGAUGAUAUUGACAUGCAGAUCUUAAGGAAUGUACACGCCACUGCUGGACGAUCGAAGAAAAUUGUUGGAGAACUGAAAAACCUCAAAGCCAAAAUGUACGGCAUUGAAAACAACUUAAAGCAUCUGUGAUAUAUUGGAUCGUUAGAUUGUGAGAAAAAUGUGAGUAAGAAUGCGCAAGUAGGAAAUAUUUGGGAUGAGAGUGUUUUGUGUUUGUAAAUGGGAAUGAUUGCAGCGAUCAUUGAGAGAGAAAACAGUUUUUCCCACAUGCUCCCCUUCAGAAGCAAUUUUUCUUCACGUGGAGUUGUGUACUUUGUGAGGCGUUUAAAAUUUGAUUUGCUCUGAUGCAUUUGUAUUAACACAUCCCAGUGGACUUAGCUUUGAUCAGGUUAUCUCCCUUCUUCUUUAAUGUUUUAUGCAAUGUUCAAUGGGGUCUGUGUGGAAGAGAAACUGGAAUCAUGAGUUUAUUUAUUGUCAAAAACUUGUGAAUGUCUGUGUAGACCUAACUCAGGAUGAAUCAAUGUCUUGUCUCUUAAACAUUCCAUAUCAGUGAUUAACCCUUUCACCCCUAGGUAACUUUAGUAGACUCUACCAUCCAUUUAUCUGGAUGAGUCCAUUGUGGUCCACAGUGGUGAAAGGGUUUGGGGGAUUUACAAACUGUUGUUGUGGAAACUAACAGUUGUUCAGAUGUGGUUGACUACACUUACCAUAUUGAGUCUAAAAAACAACAUGGCCCCAGUUUCUCAAAUGUUGGUUUAGACAUUAAUCAGUGGAUAGUGAAAAUUCAAAUUGUCAAAAGGGCUUCUGAAGUUAAAAAAAGUCCUCAAAGCACAUCGUAAGUCUUAUCUGUCUCAACAAAUGUGUACCAGUGAAAAGAUAUCAAGAUGCUCUAGAUUUUGUUGUAUUCAUAUUAGAGUUUAUUCCUAACCACUGGUUAUCUCAAACUCAGCUUUGUGCAACUGGAGUAUUCCGUCUUUUCGUAUUGCAGAGUUAUCUGCUCUUGUGAGCAGGUAUUAAUUGUUACGUCAUUUGUUUGUGAGAGUAACAUCAAUUUUUGAGAAAAUGACGUAAUUUUCUCACAGAACCCAAUGACGUAACAAUCAAUACCUGCUCACAAGAGAAGAUAACUCUGCAAUACGCAGACGGAAUAGGUGCCUAGCAGUUUGGGAAAAUUAGGAUGAGUGCAGGGUCUUCCAAAAUUCUCCAAAAAUAGUCCUGUUUUACACUUUGAAGCAUAUGAAAAUUUUGGAAUGGUGAAAAGAAAGACUGUUGUAAAGGAGGGCCAUUAAUAGAUAAGAUAUGUUACAAAGUAGUUUGGUUGUCAUCCUAGCAGUAACUAUGUUAGCUGGUAUCAGCCAGUAGUCCCACUACUGAACACCUAAGUAACAGGUGGUAGAUACAGAUUGUGAUCCUGUAUCUAAUGUGAAUCUCCUACUUGGCUAUUAUAGAAUCAUUGUCCGUCCAUUCUAGCUAUAGCAGCAUCUUAUAAGAUGCGGACCGAUAUUUGUAAAACAUGCAUGCACACCAUUAGUACACACUGUAGACAUUGGUGCAUGUAUGGUCUAUAUGUAUAGGUAAAUGAACGUUUAUCCCUGUAAAUUGUUUGUAUCAUAGAUUUGUACACUUGAUAAUGUAUUUAUAGAAAUUAUAUCAUGUAUGUAGAGAUUCUGGUAAUAACUACGAUGACAAAAUAAAAUCUAAAUCUUAUUACAA